UAUAUAUAUAUGUGUGUGUGUGUAGUUUUACAGAUAUAUAUAUAAGUAGUGUUGCUGGAUAAGCGAUUCAAGACAAUUUCAUUAUCCUCCUCAACUUCCAAGCGUGCGAAAAGAUUAGGGUUUUCUUUUACAACAAUGGAUCAUCAGAAACAAGGUAAACCAAAAAACAAGAUCUUGAAGUUUCUACCAAAAGCUGCUUCCGGUGUUUAUUUUCACAACCCUCCUUACAGCCCUACCGGAGACGCCGCCGCCAAGCUUAAAGCUCACGGGCGGCGAGGGUUUUCCGGCCCUUUAAUGAUUCCAGAUCAAGUCCGAAGGAAACAGAAGAACGGAAGCUUUGACGGCCAGACACGAGAAGAAGAGCCGACAUCGCCGAAGGUUUCGUGCAUGGGACAGAUCAAGCACAAGAAACACACUAACAAGAUAAAUAGCGUUGAUUUGAUCCCUAAAGAUCGUCAAAAAUCAAAGCCUCCUCCAGGCCCGUGGUCGCCACGGGAGAUCAAGAAGCACGGUUUUCCGUUCCGGAGGAUGUUUAGCAACAUAAACCCUGGAAGAAAAUCUGAAUCUGAUGCUAGUGAUCUUGAUCGUGAUCGGACGGCUCCAAAUCUUCCGGAUAGAGCGCCUUCAUUGAGUCAGAUGAAGAGAUUUGCAAGCGGACGUGGCCAAUCUUUCGAAAACUUGGAUUGGGAACGUCCUCAUGAUAUUAUGAAUGAUCAUCUCGAUUAUUCUGAUGAGGAGAGAGAAGAGAGAGAAGAUGUGAGAAUUGCAUUCUCGGCGCCUCUAGGGAUUGGAGGAAUAAAUCAAUUACAUCAAGUGCCUUUGCAGCCAAGGAAAGAAAUUAAUCUAUGGAAGAGAAGAACAAUGGCUCCUCCUAGUCCUCUAGAACUGAAACCCAUGGUCAGAGCAAAUUAAUUAAUUUAAAUUGUUCGUAAUUGUUGCGGUUUAUCAUAAAUUAAUUCUUUUUUAGACUAGUGUUGCCCUCCUCUUUUUAAUUAGAUUUGUUCCCAAAUAUGUAAAUUAGGGUGUAAGAAUUUGUGAAGAAGUUUGAAUUGUUCCCUGCUUUGAUGGGUAAUUAUGUUAAUACAGACACGUGUAUGAGACAAAAGUUAGGAUCCACAAGGUCCUUCUGGUCACAUGGUUUAGUUUUCUUGCGUUCAA